GUAGGGACGAGUUGACUUAGAGAGUUGACAAUGUAGGACUACUUGUAGAAAAGAAUGUAACAUGUAACUCAUCGCUAAAUAUAUCGAUCAUGUCAGAUAAUAAACUUACGUGUACUUAUAUGAUGUAGGGCUAUUUUCUUCAUGAUCACCAUCAAAACAUUGAAGAAUCCAUUAUGUCAUUGCAGGGUUAUCAAUUUCCAAGAUGGCGAUAAUAGAUACUAUUCACCAUAUACUAGAAGAACUAGUUAAAUAUAUACCGGAUGUAGUAUAUGAUUAUAUACCAGAAUCUAAAAUAAGUAGAUCUUUAUUGAUUGGUACCGCAUCAGGUGUUCUGGCUUAUCUGAUCUUUAAGAAGAGAUAUCGUUUACCCCCCGGACCCUUUGCUUGGCCCAUGAUUGGAAAUAGUGAUGCAUAUACCAAAGGCAACCUGGCUAAGAAAUUCCUCGAUCUGUCUAAGAAAUAUGGACCAGCAUUUACAUUUUACAUGGGACCGAUACGAUGUCUUAUAUUAAACCGUAUUGAUGUUAUUAAUGAAGCUUUGCUCACCAUGGGAGCUAACUACUCUGAUCGUUAUACGCUGUAUACUUCUGAAGCUUUUCUCCAAGGGGGAGAAGACAUUAUUAACGGUAGAUACGGCACUGGAUGGAAACUUAGAAGAAAGUUAGCAGGUCGUGCUAUGAGAUUAUUUAUGGUCGGUGGAAACUUUAAUAUAAAGGUAGAAGAAGCCGUAUCUAAAACAGUGGAAGCCAUGUUAAAAGAGAAAGGACCUUUUGAUCCUAAACCUUACAUGUUCUUUACAACUUUAAAUAUUCUAGGAGCCAUGGUCUUCGGCACAAAGUAUGAAUAUAACGAUAAAGAAUACUUAGAUUUACUCAACAUCCUGGAAGAGAUUUCUAAAAUAGCAUCAGCGGGUUUAUUUAUAGAAAAUAUUUUCCCACCAGCCAGAUUGUUCCCAACCAAAAGGUUUAAACGUUUUGCCCAAGUAGUUGAUGAUUUUAUGAAUAUUAUGAGAUCUAAUAUCAAAAGGAUAGAAGACGAAUUUGUACCAGGUAAUGUAACUAACUUUACAGAAAGUCUUCUUCAAGCAGAAAAAGAAAUACGAGAAGAAGGUGAAGAGAAUAUGGACUAUUUUAAACAUCACCACCUAGUGUUGAUAGUAUUUGACAUAUUUAUAGCUGGUAAUGAUACAUCGAGACAAACAUUAUACUGGGCUUUGAUGUAUAUGGCUGGCCUUCCUGAUGUACAGAAGAAAAUACAAGAUGAAGUGGAUUCUGUCGUUGGGAAUAAUAGAUACCCUACUACAUCAGACAGAGAGAAUCUCACCUAUACAGAUGCUGCAUUACAUGAAAUUAUGCGAUUGGGGUCAGUGGCACCAAUAGGAGUUCCUCACAUGACUAGCUGUGAUACUACGAUAGAUAAUGGUAAAUAUGAGGUUCCUAAGGAUACCAUGGUUUUCAUCAAUCACUGGGGAAUUCAGAAUGAUCCAGAUAAUUGGGAAGAAGUGGAAAAGUUUAAACCAGAAAGAUUUUUAGAUAAAGAUGGUCAAAUGGCACCAAAACCUGAAAACUGGCUUCCAUUUAGUGCUGGUAGAAGAGUUUGUCUUGGAGAACCUAUGGCUAAACCAGAACUACAUUUAAUUCUUGCAGGCCUUUGUCAACGGCUGGUCAUGGAGCCGGAACCAGGAAAGACAAUUAAUUUGGAACCAAAGGACGACGGACUUUUACUUGCCCCUCGGCCGUACAAGAUCGUAGUUAAGCCACGAAUCAACCCUUAAACAUUGAAAAUUUUUAUAGCACCAGAUGCCAUCUACUGUUAGGCUAAUCGUUUGGAAAUAUCAGAAUUUCGUGUGUUAUAUCGUGUGUGAUAUUUACUGUUUGUUAUGUCUUAGUUUUGCAUAACAGUCUUUCUGGUUUAUCUAAUUGUAUAAGAACAUCUGGUUCUAUUUUAUUGUAGAGCAUGCGGUUAUUAAUAUAAGGGAAUGUUGUUAAUUACUGACAUUACAGGUAUACAAAAAUAUAGUAUAUGUUUUGUAUCUGUUCACACCGAGUUCAUGACACUAUGUAACCUACAAUAUUUGUUUUAUUUCCCGAGUUACUGUAUCUAAUCCUUUCUUAAACGUAAACAAUAGAAAUAUUUGUAUAAUC